GAAGUGACGUAGCUCACCGCUUGCACAUGCGCGGACUGAUUGUGUAUUCUGGUAGCAAUCGUCUCGUAAAAAGCAACAGCAUUUGGUCUGUAAGUCUGCGGUAAUUGCUUUAUUUUUACGUGUUUAUCUAUUGGUCUUUGAGGUGUGACAAACUAAAGUUUAUUCAGUCUUCAUUUAAUGAUGAACUCUACUCGACUCCGUGAACCUUGAACUAAGCUUCUGAUGCUAACUUAUCCUGCUAGUUAGCUUAGCUUGCUAGCUGCUACCAAAGUGACACCGAAAGUGUCACUUUGGUAAAUGUGUAAAAUACAAAUGCCGAGAGUAUUUGUGAAUCAGCGACUAACUGCGGCUGUGGAAGAAAUAUUUGUAACGUUAUAAACCAAGAAAGAUGGCAGAGUACAACGAGGAACUUUCUCGAACAAAAGAGAACUAGCGACAACGUCAACUACUGGACGCUGUUUUCAAGAAGCAUCAAGUCGUGUUACACAGAACAGACGUCUGUGAAGAACAUCUUCUACCUAAGCAGCAAGAGGGGGACCUCCAGGAUGGACCAGGAGAAACCACAGCCCCCCCAUAUUAAAAAGGAAGAGGAGGAGCCACAUUCCACCCACAUUAAAGAGGAAGAUGAGGAGCUCCCUUUCUUUAAAGAGGAAGAUGAGGAACAAAGUAUCAGUCAGAAUGGAGAUCAUCUUGAAGGACUGGAGGAUGUUGAUGUCCCCAAGAUGCCAUUGAUUUAUGUCAUUGUGAAGAGUGAAGAUGAUGAGGUCGAAAGUGAAAGUGGGGAGAAGAGAGAGGUGGAGCCUCCAAGCAGCAGCUCAACUCAACACAUGACAACAGAAGCUGAUGGAGACCACUGUGGAGGAUCACAAGCAGACAAGCUCUUAGCUCCACUAUCAGAUAGUGAUGACAUGACGUCACACUCUCCUGACACUGAUGAUGAAGACUCUGAAGCUGAUACAACAUGUCACACUGACAACACACUCUUUGAAUGUUCUCACUGUGGCAAAAUCUUUAAUCACCGUCGUAACCUUAAAACACACAUGAGAAUACAUGCUGGUGAAAGACCUUUUUCUGGUUCCAGCUGUGAUAAAGGUUUUAAACAAAAUAAUAAUUUACCAAUACACAUGAGAACACACACUGGUAAAAAACAUGUUGUCUGUUCAAUCUGUGGUAAAGAUUUUACACAAAAUAAUCAUUUAAAAAGACACAUGAGAAUACACACUGGUGAAAAACCCUUCAUCUGUUCAAUCUGUGGUAAAGGUUUUACAGAAAAUUGUAAUUUGAAAGCACACAUGACAACACACACUGGUGAAAAAUCUUAUUCUUGUUCAUUCUGUGCAAAAGGUUUUACACAUAAUAUACAUCUUAAAAGACACAUGACAACACACACUGGUAUAAAACAGUUUUCCUGUUCCAUCUGUGGUAAAGGUUUUGCACAAAAAAGUGAUUUGAAAAGACACAUAACAACACACACUGGUGAAAAACCGUAUUCUUGUUUAAGCUGUGGUAAAUGUUUUACACAAAAUAAUCAUUUAAGAAUACACAUGAGAACACACACUGGUGAAAAACCUUUUAUCUGUUCAAUCUGUGGUAAAAGUUUUGCAGAAAAUAGUCAUUUGACAGCACACAUGACAACACACACUGGUGAAAAACCGUAUUCUUGUUCAGUCUGUGCUAAAGAUUUUACUCUCAAUAGUCAUUUGAAAACACACAUGACCACACACACUGGUGAAAAAAAGUUUUCUUGUUCAAUCUGCGCCAAAAGUUUUACACAAAAUAUACAUUUGAAAAGACACAUGACAACACACACUGGUGAAAAACAUUUUUCCUGUUCCAUCUGUGAUAAAGGUUUUACACAAAAUUGUGAUUUGAAAAGACACAUGACAACACACACUGGUGAAAAACAUUUUUCUUGUUCAAUCUGUGCUAAAAGUUUUACACAAAAUAUAAAUUUGAAAACACACAUGACAACACACACUGGUGAAAAACAUUGUGUCUGUUCAAUCUGUGCUAAAGGUUUUACUCGAAAUAUACUUUUGAAUAGACACAUGACAGUGCACACAGGUAAAAAGCCCCUUUCCUGUUCAAUCUGUGCUAAAGGUUUUGUACGAAAAGAUAAAUUGACACGACACAUGAGAACACACACUGGUGAGGAAGUGUGAGUUGCAGUGUGUAUGAUGAAAUAUUCUCUUAAAAAAACCAGUGUGAGAAAUACAACAGAGAACAAACAGCAGCAGCAAAUAAAACUGCAGAAUUUUAAAUAAACUGUCAAAACUUUGAUUUUCUAGCGACAUUUGCCACAUGCAAUGUGUGACAUCAUUGUUCUGUGUCUAACACAAUCUUGUUCAUAUACUGUUUAUACAUUAGAUUUUUUUAGAUUAGUGUUUUAUGUAUGUUUUAAGUCUAUGCAUUAGUAAACAACAUUGUGUACAUUUAUUUAAAAAGCACAUUUUCUUUGAAAACAUCUACAGACUGAAGCAUCAUAUUGUUUUGAAUACUGUUAUAUUCACAUUUGUGUGCGUUUAAAAAAAACCUGAACAAAACAUAUCUUGAUAAAAUAGACUAUGUGUAGUUGGUUGGAACUGCUACGUGUACAUUUGUAAAAUAACCCCACAAAUGCCACAUUUUCAGGCACUCUAAUCUAUGUAUGUCACUUUGACUGUGUAAUGUGUGUCAAGCAAAUGUCGCAUCAUGGUGUUGAGUGACUCAGAAACAUUAGUAAACGAUUUGAAACUUAAAAAUACGCUAACGUGUGAUCUUUCUUUAUUAUUUUACAGGUAUGGCCCAAACUUUAUUUAUACUAUUUAACCCCUUUGGUUACUUACUAUAACAUGUUGCAUUGUUAGGAAGUCGUUUACAAUGUUUAUUAAGUCGUUUGUCGUGAACCUGUUUUCGAUUUGGAUUGGUCCAAGUAUGACACUAGUGAACUGUUGUGUUAAAAAAGUUGUGUAAUGUAAUCUGUGGAAGAUGUGGUUACAUAAAGAUGUUUUGUGUAAAAAUGUUAAUGAGUUAUUAACCUUUCAACAGGAAUUUCUACAAAGAACAUACGCUAUCUUCAUGCUAGCUACACACUGCUAGGCUUGUGUGUGGCCAGUGUCACACUAUAAGGGGCCGUUAGAGACAUUAUUCAGAAUUACCUCUUACAUACUCUACUGAAAUGUUUUUCUCUCACACACACUACGGAAACACUCUUAUACACACUACUGAAAUGCCCCCACAUAAACAACUCCACACAACUAAAAAAAAUGUUUCUCAGACACACUACUGAAUCACUGUUAUACACACUACUGAAAUGCUCUUACAUAAACAACUGAAAUGUUUUUCUCUCACACACUACUGAAACAAUCUCAUACACAGGACUGAAACACUCUUAUUCACACUACUGAAAUGCUCUCACAUAAACAACUGAAAUGUUUUUCUCACACAUACUACUGAAAUACUCUCAUACACACUGCUAAAACACUCUUAUACACACUACUGAAAUGCUCACACAUAAGCAACUGAAAUGUUUUUCUCCCACGCA